AAAUGCCAACCCGAAUGAAUAUAUAAUCGGAAUUCACAGGGGUGGAAUAUUCCUUUCCCCAAUCCGAUUGAGGUAUCUUGUACCCGCUCAAUCGGAAAGUUGUCAGACUGCGUUCUUCUUUGUAGUGUUUUUCUUCUUCUGUUGUUUAUUGGCGGUUGGUAAGCAGCUUUCGUGUGCAUUAGCGCCAUCUGUGGAACAGAAUCUAAACCCUUCUAUACGCCAUUCACAAGUCUGGCCUGGGAACGCCUUGGUGUCCUCCCGGUGGAGCUGGACAAGGUGGCCAGGGACCGGGAAGUCUGGGCUUCCCCACUGAGACUGCUGCCCCCAUGACCCGGACCUGGAUAAGUGGAGGAAAAUGUAUGGAUGGAUGCAUGUAAAUGUGGCUAUUGCCUUCCUACUGGAGAGGAGUUGAACUUCAUAUUCAGGAGGUUUUGGAGUAGAGCGGUUCCUCACUACUUUGUAAACAUGCAUGGAGGUUUUUCAUGACUUAGCAAGGACUACGGUAGCUGGUCGUAAACUCCACCAAGGCUGCCCUUUGUCACACAAGAGUUCAUUAUAGGGAUGCUUUGAUUUUCCUGAUUCCUUCCACCUUGUCAACGGAGAACUGUCUCCAUUGUCCCUGAGGUUUAACCCCGGGUUUCCUCCCAAGAUAAGCCCAGAACCCCUCACUCAAAGACAUCCACCUUGGGUAUUGGGAGUGGGAUUCACGUACCGCGGGUUUGUUUUUUUUGUUUUUUUGUAGUAGCAUAGAGAAUGAUAUUUACAGAUGGGUUAGUGUUGCCUCUGCUUAGUCGGGGUAGGAGGCCUCGGGGCAAACCUAUGGCAUGCUGGAGGGUUUAUGUCUCACAGCUGGCCUAGAAAAACCUCAGUGUUACCCCAGCGGAACUGGAAGAGGCAACUAGAGCAUGGGAUGGGAGGUCAUCCCUACUUAGACUGCUUCCCUCAUGACCCCGAACGUGCAUCCUUUUUAGUGUUGUGUGCGCUAAUCUAACCAGUGUGCCUUCUGGUUUCUGCUCUGCAGGCCAACCACGACCACUAAAGCUGAGUUAGCAUGUCGGACAGAAAGUAUGUAUUCCUCGUGUUGUCUUCCAAUGGAGUUUGUAAACACCAACAAUGCUGGGGAAGGAAUUAAUUCAGUUGUUAAGAUUUGUGAUAAUGCCAGCAUGUCCUUAAAUAGAGAAAACCACAGCAUUGUUAUGGGCUCUACCUUAUUAUUUUACCAUGCCCUUGCUGUUUCACCUCUAAAUUCAGGUUUAGCCUGUUUGAUUCUUAGCUUUUCACUAUGCAAAUACAUGAUUACUGCUUCUUUGAUGUGUGAAAUUGGGUAACUUAGAGCAAACGGCAGGACAUCAUCCCCUUCUCUGUCUCCCUGCUGCUGCUUUGUCUCCUCCUGUGUGUGUGUGUGUGAGUGCAUGUUUUGCAGGUAUAAGGAGGACUUUGAGAAGGGAGGGCUCCUACAACACUCGCACAAUUCCAGUGGUCACCCAGAUCCCACUUCAUCCUUCCGCCUGGUGGCUGCUAGCCAUGACUCGGUCACUGACUCUGGAGUGGAUGCCUGGCUUCAGUGUUCGUGAUUCCGCAUCAGAGCGACAUUUUUCACUGCGACCGUCCUGCCGUCCUGUCCACGCACUCAAUGCAAUGGAAGAAAGAACGUUCCCAUUAUUACGACCCCCGCGGUGACUACACAGGACCUCUGAGACCACAUCCUGAGGAAGCAUACAAAGAACGAGUGGGAGAGCAAGACAAAGAACGAGUGAGCUGACACGGCUGGAGGAGGAAGUAGUGUCGGUGAGCAAAAUGGGUGGGGCUGCGUGACCUCAUCGGCCUCUCACCAUGAGGAAGAAAGCCUCGUGGACGAUGACGACGAUGAUGAUGAUGAUGAGCGCAAAGAGGAUGACGCUCCGGAGCGUAAUGGAUACAAAGAUCUACCUGGCUUCCUUGGUUUGUCUCCUGUCAGCGCUGUCAAACGUGUCAGGGGCUCUUACUGCUGAACCUUUCACGCCUACGCUGACUGGGAGAGGACAGGAAGUCGCUGAAGUUCAUGAGCGGACUGUGAUCACCUUGAACCAGAGCUUCAUCAACACCACUGAGCCACGAGCUACCACCUUAGCAGCUUCCACUGAGGGGACAACAGCGCACCAAUCGAUAAAGAAAGCGACAUCCAUACCAGUGACAUCCUCCCCAACCACAACCAAAAAAGGGAGCCAUCAACCUCUUGCCUGGGAUCCAGCUUGGGAUGAAGAUUUCACUUACGAUUACGUGACCUUGCGAAAAGCCGGCUUGUCCAUUGCAGCGGUUAUCUUCCUGAUGGGCAUCUUUAUCCUUGGCUGUGGGAAAGUCUGCCGGUUUCCCAAGUGCCGCAGGAUGUCAUCCAAGUCGUAUUGACGGGACCAAAGAAGAGAUAGGAAAAAAAAAAAAAAAAAAAAAACAAUGCUUCGACAUGUGGAAUGGAUGUGUUCAAAAAUAAAAAAAUUGGCCAUUUAUCACAGAUAUUAUAACAUGACAUUGACACUUUGCCCAUGAGCAAAUUUCUAACUCUUUGCUCUCAGGAAGUGGACUUUUUUUUUUUUCCCCUUCCCCCCCAGCAACAACAACAACAUGGUGUUUAGUAAAGUGCGUCUAAACCUCUUAGUGUUUCUACGCUAAUGAAUAAAGUCCCCAAAUAAACAUGAGUCACUGACUGCUACCUUGGCAUCGCCAUGGCGACAAAAAAAGCAAAACAGGGUACAUUUUCCAAACAGAUUUAAUGGCACAAUAAAUUCUAUACAGUAGUUGUCCAAUUGAUUCCAAAUCUGCUAUGAAAUAUUAUUAUAUAUAUAUUUUUUAUUAUGUGAGUGGUCAUCUGCUUGUACUACUACACAUUAUUAUGAUAGACAAGUACAUAUAAACAUUUACAGUCAUUUCGGUAAAUAACUGACAACCACUAAGGGAACAGUAUAAACACAAGCAAAUACAGUGUAUAUACAUUUUUUUUCUUAAAAAAAAAACAAAAAAAGGCCAUCCUGCAAAUAUAUUGCAAUGUAAAUUUGUACAAAUUUAACAGUUAAAGCUCCUACAUGCAGAAUAAUGGGCGCUUUGUGAUUUGACACCUUGUCGUUGCUGAUGCUGCAUUUAAAUGUUGCAUUGUGGUUACUUGUUUGUCCAGCGGAAAUAUUAAAUACAAAAUCAUUAUGCGCAUGUGAGGAUAUAAAAAGUGAAAUGGUUUGUGUUGCAAUCCGUUCGUUGAAAUGUUGACAAACUUCAGUCAAAAGUUUGCGAUGCGCUUUCCCAUUCGGGAGCAUGAGAAGCCAUCUCCAAACUUUUGAAAGGUUCUGGCUUAUACUAUUUUGUUUUUAUCAUUCUUAUAUUUUGCAUAUAUUUGAUACACAGACUACAGUAUAAGCCAGUAGAAGCACAUACAACAGCCUAAAGACAUAGAUACACUUCAAAUGACCUACUACAGUAAAUGCAUCACCAGCGGUUGACUCUCAAAAACAUGUUUUUAUCAUUAAUACAGCUGGAAUAGGUGCAGAUUCUGGAAGAUCUGGAACGUUUUCUGUGCUGGUUAUUGUGUGUAGCUGCUCUAUAGGAGUCCACAGCUCAUUAACCGUUCUAUAAUGGAUGUGUAGUUUAUUAAUCGUUUAUUAAUCGUCGUUAUUAAUACGCUGCGUGACUCACAAAUGUCCUUAUUAGCAUAGCUUGCUAACAAAGUGGCAACCGAAAGUUCGCUGCAUUAAACGUCAUCAGCGGUUGAUUCUCAAAAACAUGUUUUUAUCGUUAAUACAGCUGGAAUAGGUGCAGAUUCUGGAAGAUCUGGAACGUUUUCUGUGCUGGUUAUUGUGUGUAGCUGCUCUAUAGGAGUCCACAGCUCAUUAACCGUUCUAUAAUGGAUGUGCCGUUUAUUAAUCGUUGUUAUUAAUACGCUGAGUGACUCCAACCGUCUUCUGAAUAUGUCACAAAUGUCCUUAUUAGCAUAGCUUGCUAACAAAAUGGCAACUGGAAGUUCUCUGCACUGAACGUCAUCCGCGGUUGAUUCUCAAAAACAUGUUUUUAUCGUUAAUACACCCGGAAUGGGUGCAAAUUCUGGAAGAUCUGGAAUGUUUUCUGUGCUGGUUAUUGUGUGCAGCUGCUCUAUAGGAGUCCACAACUCAAUACAAAGGGUUGACUCUCCAAAACACGUUUUUAUCAUUAAUACAACUGGAAUAGGUGCAGAUUCUGGAAGAUCUGGAAUGUUUUCUCUGCUGGUUAUUGUGUGUAGCUGCUCUAUAGGAGUACACAACUCAAUACAAAGGGUUGACUCUACAAAACACGUUCUUAGCGUUAAUAUACCUGGAAUAGGUGCAGAUUCUGGAAGAUCUGGAAUGUUUUCUCUGCUGGUUAUUGUGUGUAGCUGCUCUAUAGGGGUCCACAACUCAAUACAAAGGGUUGACUCUCCAAAAUACGUUUUUAUCGUUUUACAGCAAACAAUUCUAAAUUCAUAUAAACAGAAAUUUGUGCUGGAGCCUAUCCCAGCUGUCUUCGGGCGAGAGGCGGGGUACACCCUGGACUGGUGGCCAGCCAAUCACAGGGCACAUAUAGACAAACAACCAUUCACACUCACAUUGAGUGCUUACAUGUGUCCAUUAAAGUACAUUCUCAGUGUUUAUUGAUAUAAUUAAAAAAAAAAUUCCUUUCCCGCCAACUCCGAUCUUGGAACAAAUAUGGAUCUUGAAAUGAAAGCCGAUGAAGACCGACUUGGGCUAAAACGCCGGCAGGGAAACAUCAGGCUCUGUAUGGAUGGAAUCCAGCUAUUGUGAGUAUUUUCCCCCAAUCAUACAUUACUUGUUAAUUAAAUUUCGCAAUAUUUUCACACCACUAUCACGCCUGUGAGACACUUUGAAGGGAAAACUUUCCAAAACAAAAAAUCCUGUUUUGCUGUUGUGUAAGCUUGUGUUUACUCUGACCAUUUUUUGGAGUGGCUGAAUCCGAGAAUAUAACUUGGGUGGGUUGACAUUUUUUUUUUUUUUUUUUAUCUUCGAUUCCACAGCCCCUGUGAGUCGUAAUGAGCCGGGAAGAGAAAAUGUCAGAACAGGAGACUCAAGUGUGGACCUCUUAUGGGCCGGCUUACUUUGGAUUAGCAUGUUUAGUCUCAGUCAACGACCAUUUCACACGGAUAGGUCGACUCCACGUGGAGCAAAUUAAACAUUUUUUUUUGGCUUGUUUAUGCCGAGUAUUUGGAUCACUGCAAACAGAAGAAGCAUUAAGCCAUUUUUUUUUUUUUUGAUUUCGAUUCCUCAAAUAGAAUCCAAUUAGAAGAUUUGAAUACGUUCCAAAUGUCCCAAAAUUGUGUCUAUGAUGGCUACAAGCAGCAGAUAUGGAGACCAAAGUAGAAUAUAAUAGGAUUGCUUAUGGAUUGAUAAUUUUUUUUUUUUUUGUAGGAGCAAUACACAGAGCUGUUAAAGAAGUCUAAUCCUCGUGAUGAGAUCAUAUAACCUGGUGAGUGUGGCUCUUUCUUCCAUGUGUGCUCUUCUUUACCAGGAACUAGACUGCCCCUUUCUGGUCCUGCUCUGUAGGUACAGAAUAAAUCCUAAAGUAGAAAAAAGAUUUAAAAAAAAAACAUGACAGAUGAGUUGAGACAGAGCAAACGUAAAAAAACAUGUCAUGUGGUAGAUAUUCUUAGGCUUUUUCUCCAUUUAGAGACACAAGACGCAACCACGUGUCGGAACUCAGGAAACGCGCGUCUGUCUCAAACGGCGGCGGGGGCUCUGACAGCUGCACAGAGGCUGCGUCGCCUCAAAACACGACUCACCCCGGGUGGGACUUAGAAACCUGGCAAGGCGCUGUUGAUCCAACAAGCACCAGGUUGCUGUGUGCAUCUUUUCAGCACAGCAUCAACACAAACACACACACACACACACAUGAGGCAGCCAGUAAUCCUGCAGAGGAAUUUUAACCCUUUAACCUUGACUUGGGAGUCGUUCAGUAAACAGUUUGAACUUUCUAAACCCUGUUGACUCAACUUUGCAGAUCAUCUUCAUUCAUUCAUUUUCUACUGCUUAUUCUCAAGGGUCGCAGGGUGCUGGAGCCUAUCCCAGUCU